GCGAUUACUAUAAAGAAACAGCAUAACCUUCUAUCAUUGCUCUCUCUCUCUCUCUCUUAUACACAACUACUCUAUUAGUAGUUGUUUUUAGCCACUAGGCUUAAUUUUGCUUUUUUUUUUUUGGAGCUUCACAUAGUUUUGGUUACCAAGAUCUUAUUCUUAUUGCAGAUGGAUAAAACUUCUUUUCUUGGAGAUGCUAUCAUUUACUUGAAACAUCUUCAGGAAAGAGUGAAGACGCUCGAGGAGCAGGUUGCGCAACAAACCAUGCAAUCUGUCGUUCUAGUGAAGAGAUCACAGCUUUUAGUUGAAGAUGAAGGAUCUUCUGAUGAUACGGGCGGCCCUGAUGAGCAGCCACUCCCGGAAAUAGAGGCAAAAAUGUGCAAUAGGAACAUUCUUCUCAGGAUUCACUGCGAAAAGCAUAAAGGGGUUCUGGUUAAAAUCCUUUCCGAGGUAGAGAAACACAAUCUUGCUGUCAUGAACACGUGCGUGGCUCCGUUCGGAAAUUUCGCUCUUGAUAUUACCAUAAUUGCUGAGAUGGAAAAAGAAUUCAGCCUGACAAUCCAAGAAUUAGUUAAAAUUCUUGGAUCCGCUGUCCAUCGGGGGACGGUGGCCGAUUAAGAGCCCCCGGUUGGACCGCCAAGAGAACUGUUCCAUAUCCUAUGGGAUCCGACAGAUGCAAUGGUGAAGAAGACAGACGACGUUCACAGGCCAUACUUUGAGAUUGACAACAUAUGGAUGCCUAUGCAUAUUAGUACUUGCCCGGUUUUAAUGAUCAGGAAUGAAAAUUACUAUCAAGAUUAGACUAAAAAAAAAAUAAAAGGCCUACCUCCUCGAGGGUCUCGUGAGCUUUCGAUUGA